CCAUUCCCGACUCUUAUAAUGAUGUUAAGUCCGCUAUUAAGUAUGGUAGGGAUGAGAUUUCGUUAGACAUUGUUGUGAAUGGGUUAAGGAGUAAGGAAUUAGACCUGAAGCAUGCUAGGGGUAGUGCUAGUCAGUCCAGGGACUCCGGUGAGGCUAUGUUUGUUAGGGGUAGAUCUAAGGGUAGGUCUAAGAAUCCUAAGCAAAAUAGUCAGGGUAAGAACGCUAGUCAGCCUGGGAGGAAGAGGAGUAAAUCUAGGAAGAGAGUGUGUUACAAUUGUGGUAACACUGGCCAUUUCAUUAAGGAUUGCCCCCACCCUAAGAAGACCGAGCAUGCUAGUGUAGCUGUUGAUAAAUGUGACCUUGGUGAUAUUUUGAUGGUUUGUGACCAUGUUAAUUCUGUGAGAAAUUCCCUGUCUGAGCAUGAAUGGUUGAUUGACUCUGGUUGUACCUAUCACAUGUCCCCCUUUAGAGAUUUGUUUUCUACUUAUGAAUUAUGUGAUAGUGGCUACGUUUCCUUAGCUGAUAAUAAGAGAUGCAAUGUGCUUGGUGAUAUUUUGAUGGUUUGUGACCAUGUUAAUUCUGUGAGAAAUUCCCUGUCUGAGCAUGAAUGGUUGAUUGACUCUGGUUGUACCUAUCACAUGUCCCCCUUUAGAGAUUUGUUUUCUACUUAUGAAUUAUGUGAUAGUGGCUACGUUUCCUUAGUUGAUAAUAAGAGAUGCAAUGUGCUUGGUGUUGGUGAUAUAUGUCUGAAGUUUUCUUAUUGCCGAGUCUUGCUAAACCUUUUGCUGAGUCUGUGAAUGUUGUAUGUUCUGAUAAGACCUCUUUGUGGCAUAAUAGGCUAGGACAUAUGAGCAAUAGGGGUUUAGAUGUCAUGCGUAGGGCUGGUUAUUUUGGUAAGGACUCUGUGACUUCUGUGCCUUUCUGUGAAUCAUGUGUGUUAGGCAAGCAGCAUAGAGUCAGUUUCCCUCCUUCCUCUUACCCUAAUCUGUCUAAGUGUUCGUCUGUGCUUGAAUAUGUUCAUGCCGAUGUUUGGGGUCCU